GCGUGGGAGAAGGUGGUGAUGUCAUCGCGGCGAACGUCAAGUUGCUGUCUUGGGCUGGUCAUCUGUGGCAUUGUCAGUGUAAUCGGCCUACUUAGCCUGAUCCUUCUGUACUGGAGCAUCCCCAGCAGCAAUCCGAUUCCCCACCACCUUACAAAGGUCUCGGCGGAACGCUUCACAUCCGAUGCCGAGCUCCAUGAAGCGAGCCCAGGGCUUGGACAUGCGUCGCAUUUGCACAGCCAAGUGCUCUUCACGUGGCAACACCCGCUUUGCGCUGAAACACCCGAUGUUCACAAGCACGGCCCAGUUCAAUCUCGCUUCCACGUCCAAUACUGGCUCGACAGGACAUGGCACGACCUAUUGCGCAGCUUGUCGUCGUUCAACACUGGCGAGCCUGGCAGCAUUUACACCAACGAUUGCUUUGCAGUGCUGGAAAAUGCAAGUACGUCGCGGCAGAUUUCGUUUCGAGUGCGCAGUCGCGUCGACCCCGGUGUCAUCUUCCAGCUGCUUCAACCCCAGUGGAGCGCAUGGAGUGACACGGUGGUGUUGGCUCCAUCGCGAAAGGAACUGCUCGUUUGUGAACAUGCCGACGGCAGAGAGCCCUACCACUGGGACCAGCUUUGGUGGGGGCUUACGUUGAUCAGCGUCGUGGCGGCGGUGUAUUCUCGAUGGAGGUCCACACCAGGUUCCAUUCGUGGCGCAGCGAAGCGAAAGAUAUCUGCGCUGCAAGACGAAGUCCACGACCUCAAGCAAGAGUUGUCGGACGCUGAAACUGAAAACAAACUGCUCAUGCGACUCAAAGGCUACGGCUUGGACACGCUCACGUGGAAGGAACUGCACGAGUUGGAGCAUGAGCUGCACCUAGGGCUAGACAUCAUCGAGCAGUACAAGGAAGCGUUGCACCCCGUGCUAGUAGAUGCCCCCACCAGUCCCUCCAGUAGCAGCUGCAGUAGCUCGUCCUAGCCGGUAUAACUCGCGCUCGGUAUAUUUAUUCGCCACUCAAUACUAAUCCCUGCUAAGACCCCACGGCGUCCAUGUCGUCUGGGCACUCGUACGCAAACCCUGAAAACGUGUCCGACGUCGUCCGGUCCCGCUGCGCCUUUUCCAGGAUUUCCACGCUCGGGAGCGGCAGGCGCGUGAACUCGGCUUCAAAAUUCAGCGGCGUUUCUUCGUUGGCAGUCGUCCUGCACGGCCGAAACGGCGGCGGCGUCUUGAGCGCCAGCAGUGCUGGCCAGUCUACCGUCUCGAAGAACGGGUGCGCCUUGACUUCGUUGGCCCCGCGGGCACCGAGCCGUUCGGACGGGUUGCGGUUGAGAAGCGCCCGGAUCAAACUCUCCGCCUUGUGCGACACAUACGGGGGAAAGUGCAGCCGCGCGGACCGGAGCCGGUCAAACAGCUUUUGUCGGUCGUUCGUGUACCACGGAGGCAGCCCCGUGAGCAUUUCAAACAGCACCAUGCCUAAUAUGGUCCCCAUAUAUUGUCAAGUCGAUUCAAACUUGGAGUGUUUGGGUUCUCAAUCGAAUGAGCAGAAUCACCAAAUCG